AUGUACAAGGGCGGAGGAAUGAGCAAAUACCCCAACAACAAGGCCGGUGCCAAGUACGGAACUGGAUACUGUGGUGUUCAAUGUCCGCGUGAUAUGAAGUUCGUCAACGGAAUGGGCAACGCCGAAGGAUGGGUGCCAUCAUCGAACGACUCCAAUGCUGGUGUUGGAGGCCACGGCUCUUGCUACGCUGAGAUGGAUAUCCGGGAGGCUAACUCUAUGGCAACGGCGUACACGCCACACUCUUGCGACACCAUCACCCAGGCAAUGUGUGACGGCGAUGGAUGUGGAGGAACCUACUCAGCCGACCGCUAUGGAGGCACAUGCGACCCCGACGGAUGCCAUUUCAACUCCAAGGUGUUCACGGUUGUGACGCAGUUCAUCGGGAACCCGCUGACCGAAAUUAAGCGCUUCUACGUCCCAGAACGCCAAGACCAUCCCAAACUCGGAGUCCACGAUCGCGGGUGUCAGCGGCAACUCCGUCAUUACUGCUACGCACAAAAGAUUGCCUUUGGUGACAAUACCAGCUUCGCCGACCGCGGCGGGAUGGCGUCCAUUAGCAAGGCUCUCGGCGCCGGAAUGGUGCUCGUCAUGUCGCUCUGGGAUGACCACUACUCCAACAUGCUCUGGCUACCUACCCCACCGACUUGA